GUAUGGCCUCACAGCUGCAGGUGUUCUCCCCUCCGUCAGUGUCGUCGAGUGCCUUCUGCAGUGCCAAGAAACUGAAAGUGGAGCCUGCUGGCUGGGAUGCGUCAGGCCAGAGCAGUAGUGACAAGUAUUACACCCACAGCAAAAACCUCCCAGCAGCUCCAGGACAAGCAAGCUCCUCUCGCCAGGUAGCAAAUUUUAGCAUCCCUACUUACGAUCAGAACCUCCUUCUCCCUGCUCCUUCGGUUGAGCACAUUGUGGUCACAGCCGCAGACAGUACAGGCAGCGGAGCAACAACGUCCUUCCAGAACAGCCAGACCUUUGCACACAGGAGCAACGUUUCUUUACUGGAGCCGUACCAGAAAUGUGGGCUGAAAAGGAAAAGUGAAGAGGUUGACAGCAACGGCAGUGUGCAGAUAGUUGAGGAACAUCCACCUCUCAUGCUGCAAAACAGACCUGCGGUGGGUGCUGCGGCCACUACCACCACUGUCACCACAAAAAGCAGCAGUUCCAGUGGUGAAGGGGAUUAUCAGCUGGUCCAGCAUGAGAUCCUGUGCUCCAUGACAAACAGCUACGAGGUCUUGGAGUUUCUGGGCCGAGGGACAUUUGGACAGGUGGCAAAAUGCUGGAAACGUAGCACAAAGGAGAUUGUAGCUAUCAAAAUCCUGAAGAACCAUCCCUCCUAUGCUAGGCAAGGCCAGAUCGAAGUGAGCAUCCUCUCCCGCUUGAGCAGCGAGAAUGCAGAUGAGUACAACUUCGUUCGCUCUUACGAGUGCUUUCAACACAAGAACCACACUUGCCUUGUGUUUGAGAUGCUAGAACAGAACUUAUACGACUUCCUAAAACAAAACAAGUUCAGCCCACUGCCCCUAAAGUACAUCCGGCCAAUUCUGCAGCAGGUGGCCACAGCCUUGAUGAAACUGAAGAGCCUGGGUCUGAUACAUGCUGAUUUGAAACCAGAAAACAUCAUGUUGGUGGAUCCCAUCCGCCAGCCCUACAGAGUGAAGGUCAUAGACUUUGGCUCAGCCAGCCAUGUAUCUAAAGCUGUGUGCUCCACUUACUUGCAGUCGCGCUAUUACAGAGCCCCUGAAAUCAUCCUGGGUUUGCCGUUCUGUGAAGCAAUUGACAUGUGGUCCCUGGGCUGCGUGAUAGCGGAGCUGUUCCUGGGCUGGCCUCUUUACCCAGGCGCCUCAGAAUACGACCAGAUUCGGUAUAUUUCACAAACCCAAGGCCUUCCAGCAGAGUAUCUUCUGAGUGCAGGAACAAAAACAAGCAGGUUUUUUAACCGAGAUCCAAACUUGGGAUACCCACUAUGGAGGCUAAAGACUCCAGAAGAACAUGAGUUGGAGACAGGCAUAAAAUCCAAAGAAGCUCGGAAAUACAUAUUCAACUGUUUGGAUGACAUGGCGCAGGUGAAUAUGUCCAAUGACUUAGAAGGGACAGACAUGUUGGCAGAGAAGGCUGACCGAAGGGAGUACAUUGAUUUGUUAAAGAAAAUGUUGACGAUUGAUGCAGAUAAGAGAAUUACUCCGCUGAAGACUUUAAACCAUUCAUUUGUUACAAUGACCCACCUGCUGGAUUUCCCACACAGCAACCAUGUGAAGUCCUGUUUUCAGAAUAUGGAGAUCUGCAAGCGAAGAGUUAAUAUGUAUGAUACGAUUAAUCAAAUCAAGAGCCCAUUCACAACACAUGUAGCUCCUAAUACAAGCACAAAUCUAACAAUGAGCUUCAACAACCAGCUCAAUACAGUGCACAAUCAGGCCAGCGUCUUGGCUUCCAACUCUACAGCUGCUGCUGCUACCCUUUCUCUGGCAAACUCGGACGUCUCACUGCUGAACUAUCAGUCUGCUCUGUACCCAUCCUCUGCAGCGCCCGUGGCAGGCGUGGCACAGCAGAGUGUUUCCUUGCAGCCCGGAACCACGCAGAUCUGCACGCAGACCGAUCCAUUCCAGCAAACGUUCAUCGUUUGUCCCCCUGCUUUUCAGACUGGACUUCAGGCCACCGCAAAGCAUUCUGGGUUCCCCGUCCGAAUGGAGAAUGCUGUUCCCAUUGUACCACAAGCACCAGCAGCGCAGCCACUGCAGAUCCAGUCGGGAGUUCUCACGCAGGGAAGCUGUACACCACUAAUGGUAGCAACUCUUCAUCCUCAAGUAGCCACCAUCACGCCGCAGUAUGCGGUGCCCUUUACUCUGAACUGCGCAGCCGGCCGGCCAGCGCUAGUAGAACAGACGGCUGCAGUACUGCAGGCCUGGCCUGGAGGGACCCAGCAGAUCCUGCUCCCGUCCACCUGGCAGCAGCUUCCAGGGGUUGCGCUGCACAAUUCUGUUCAGCCCACAGCCGUGAUCCCAGAGCCGAUCGGAGGCAGCCAGCAGCUCGCCGACUGGAGGAACGCACAUUCCCACGGGAACCAGUACAGCGCCAUCAUGCAGCAGCCCUCCCUGCUGACCAACCACGUGGCUCUGGCGACUGCGCAGCCUCUGAACGUCGGCGUGGCUCACGUGGUGCGGCAGCAGCAGAGCAGCGGCCUUGCAGCCAAGAAGAGCAAACAGCCAGCGCAGAGCGCAGCAAAGCCAAACCCGACACUGGAGGCCGCGCCUUCCCAGACCUACUCGCUGAUCGGGAGCAGCCCCCUUCAUGCCACCUCCUCCAGCGCCCUCCUGGUGGUGCAGGAGCAGCACCAGCCCAUUGUAAUCCCAGACACACCCAGCCCGCCUGUCAGCGUCAUCACCAUCCGCAGCGACACCGACGAAGAGGAGGACAACAAAUACAAGCCUGCAAGCUUGGGCAUGAAGCAGAGAUCCAAUGUCAUCAGCUACGUGACUGUGAACGACUCCCCGGACUCGGACUCCUCCCUGAAUAGCCCCUACACCAGCAAUCCACUCUCUGCUGUCAGGAGCGCUGGGGGAGCGGCCAACAGCUCCAGCUCCCGCACCAUCAUCGUCCCGCCUCUGAAAACACAGCUGACCGACUGCAUCAUCGCCACGCAGGCCUCAGGCGUUCUGAGUAGCGCUGGCAAAACCAAACCGGUGGCAUCAGUGAGUGGGCAGUCGUCGGGCUGCUGCGUAACGCCCACGGGGUACCGGGCGCCCCGCAUGGUGACCAGUGGCGCACAGCCACUCAACCUUAGCCAGAACCAGGCCACUCCAGUGCUGGCCUCGCAGGAGAGAAGCGGGAAUCCGGCUCCACGCAGGCAGCAAGCGUACGUGGCUCCCCUCCCAUCGGCCAUUUCGCAGGCUUCCUAUGCCUUCCAGCACGGCAGUCCAGCUCAUCCCCACCUGGCAGCAGCUACCGCAAGCACGCAUCUUCCCAGCCAGCCCCACAUGUACACCUAUGCACCCAGCACGGCUGCGACCCUGGGCUCCACGAAUUCGCUCGCUCAUCUCUUCUCCCCUCAGGGCUCUUCCAGGCACACCACGUACGCGGCCCACCCUAGCGCGCUCGUCCACCAGGUCCCAGUGAGCGUGGGGCCCAGCUUGCUGACUUCUGCAAACAUCCCACCCGCACAGUACCAACCUCAGUUUGCCACUCAGUCUUAUAUUGGUGCUUCCCGAGCAUCCGCUAUUUAUGCCGGAUACCCGCUGAGCCCAACGAAGAUCAGCCAGUACUCAUACUUGUAGCUCGGGGCUGCCUUCCUUAGUAGGGUUUGCAGUAGUUGUGACUAGCCACCCUCAGGAGUGCUGGGUUCUGCCACAGGCCUGGAGAAUCAGUGGAGGUUUUCAGGUGACCCUUUACCUGGUGUUGACUGUACUCGUGUAGUCUCCUCUAAGUCUGGAUGCACCGUGUUUGACAGUGUCUCUGCUGGGGAAUUCAGUGACUAACUGGGCAGCAUCCUUUGGUAUCAGUCCAAGGGUCAUUGAUUAAGAUUUUAAACUUUUACUUAAUUUUUAUAGCUACUUUUAAAAAGGUCACAGUCCAAUUUAUUUAAAGCUAUUCUGAUGUUAUAGUAAUCAGAGGAGAAGAGGAAAUCAAGGUCUUCACAGACAAACAUUGAUUUUUUUUAACUCUUAUAAUUUAAACAGAUUUGCAGAUUAUUUUUAGCAGCUGCACAAAUCCAUAUUGCCACUAAAAAUAUAAUGCGCAUUUAUCUCAGUAAAUUGCUAGAGCAGAUUUCAAACUUUAGUUCAAUAUUUUGAAGUUUGUCCUAUAAUUAAUUUUCUCACUAAUUCAUUGCUGUUUCUGCAAAAGCAAUUACAUCUCUGUUUGUCACUGUCAACGUUUUCUGUUUACUUUCCUGCUUUGUUUAAGGGUAUGAUAGAGGCAGCUAUCUUGUACUAGCAACCUAAUAUUCACAAGUCUGUUUAAACCACAAAAUCUUCAUAUUACUGUCUUGUAAAGUCUGAAUUUCCAUAAUGCAGCUGGGUUUUUAUCAUUGCAGAAACUAUUAAAACAAGUUUUUACCAGUGAUACGCGGGACCUCACCGUAUAAUGCAACACGGCUGCUUUGCCAAAAUGCUGUAUUCUUCAUUGAGAACUUAUAGUGUUGUGAUACUCUUUUGAGUUUGGUUCCUUUGGAGUAAGGGAGCUGGAUUCCUUUCACAAAAGCACAGAGCUUUUGUUUGUUUUGUUUUCUUUAUCUUUUUCCUUGCAUGAGUCGUUUAGGAGGGAGCGGAACAAUUUGAAAUACAGUGAAAAUAGCGACAUGUACAGCUUUUUAUACUCCGGUGAGCCUCUCCUCCUGGGUAUGCUAGCAGCCAGCUUUAAAGAGCUCUUAUUAAGACUUGCAUACAGUAAGUGCAUGUAAGAAUUGAGGUGGGGGGGAGAAAAAAAAUCCAGAUUUUAAAGUUUAUUACUGAAUUUAAAACUAUUUUAGAAGUUUUGUAAUGGUGGUGUUUUAAUAUUUUACAUAAAAUGAAAUAUGUACAUAUUGAUUAGAAAAAAUAUAACAAGCAAAACUUCCUGCUAACCCCAAAUGUUCUGUCUUUGUAAUCAAAAUGUGUAGUGAUUAUACUUGAACUCUGUACCUAGUGUCUGUCUAAAUUUUAACCGUUCCUGGGGAUGAAAUUGAUGUGUCCUUUGUAUUUAAACCAAAACGAUACGUCAGAAUGUAUGUGAAAUAAUGCAAUCGUUAGAGCUCAUCACUGUAGCACAGAGAGAAAAAGUGGAGCCUCCGGAGAGAAAAGGUUACCUUCUGAUUUGUUUUGCACAGGUAUGUGUGAUGAAGAGUUGUUUGAUGUGUCCCCUUAUUGUAGUGCCUUACAUGAUAAUGUAGUGUGAAUAGAGUUUACAGUGAGCUUGCCUUAUGAGGGACCAGCAAGCCCCCAUCAGAUUGAAGCAAUUCACUAAGCUUAUCCCUGCAAGACUAGCAGGAUGUUGCAUAGAUGCAUUGUGCUCAAUUUUAAUGCUAACAUAAAGGCUACAUUUUGGUUGGGAGUGAAGCUAUGUUUGCUCAAGCUUUCCUUGAAAUGGCACAUAUACUGUUAGAUGUCUGUCGGUGCAUUUCAAUUAGGGUAGUGCUGGGAAUGCAGUGGAAUAUUUAGUCUGAUGUUGCAGAAGUGAUUAAGUAUGUGCAAUCACUUUAUUAGAGUAGAGUGUGACGUUCCCUUCCCCUGUGUUACUAGCAGACGUUUCUUGUAAAAUAUUGCUAGCUUGGUGACAGAAUGUUUAUACCAAAGAGAGCCUGCUGUAAAGCACAUAACAAAACCAACAACAAGUUUUAUAUGGCAACUGCUCACGUGGAACUGUUGGCAAGAUUUAUUAGCGAUAGCACUAGCGUUCUGAGGAGUACUCCGUUUGGGUAACCUAUGUGGUUUUGAGACGACACUUGGUUUCCUUGAGUCUGUCGAACUAGGAAUUAUUUUGUAACCUUUAGUACGGAGAUAAGUAUCUUGGCCAAACGGAUUACGAACUGGCUUGAGCAGUGGUAAUAUUGCAGCAAUAAGAGGUUUGUGCAGCCUUGAACCCCAGUUCCGUCCAAAUUGAAAACAGGCUAGUUGUACAAAUCGUCAACAUGAGGGUGUCCAGAAGGGCAGAAAUUCAGUUCUGCGGUUCCACGUUACUGGGUUAGGAAGGUCUCGGCUGGCCUGAAAUUGAUCGGCUCUGAGAGGUUUGGUGUCUCUUUUGUAGUGAGGACUUUGGAACUGGGUGCGAGUGAUUAGCAACAUCACUAACCAGAAGUCAUCGUCUAGUGUACUUUCCUCCGCACCACGCCUCAAAAUGUGGGGAUAACUGUGCAGUCCCAACACUUCCCAUCACUGGCGGUGCCAAUGCUCUGUGUUACUGGAACGUUAUCCAAAUGUUUCACACUUCGUGCCAAGCACUUCUUUCUUUUGUCCGCGUUGUGGCUUGUGUUCAGUACUUCCCUCGAGAUAGAUACCUCUUGGAUUCAGAGUUGUGCCUUUCCUUCCCAAGGCAAACAAAUGCCAACAUCUGCAUUGCAUGAAAACCUUUCACCCAGUUUCCCAAAGUGUUUCCUGAGAAGUUCUGAAGAAAAGAGCAGGAGCAAAGACCUGUAACAAAAAGUGAACAAACGAGCUGGGGAAACGCCUUUGUUUAUUAAAAAGAAACUAACCAGAUCUUGUCUUUAGGGCACCUCACACACCGUUUAAAAAGAAAACCACCAAAAGUAUCCAACUAAGCCCAUUCUCAUCUCCGCCACUGAUUCACACAUCGCUCAGCAUUGGGGAAAGGAGCUGUCCCACGCUAACAGCUAGAGUACAACUGACUUAGGCUGUGUCUUCAUUCCAGGGAAGAUUGAUGCUGCUGCGAUCCAUCUUCCAGAGUUUGAUUUAGUGAGUCUAGUAAAGACCUGCUAUAUUGAACUCAGAGAGCACCCCCAGCAUCUGCUGAUAUUCCUCCUACAAGGAGUAAGGGAAGCCAACAAGAGCAUUUCCUGCCAUUGGCCUCCUGCUGUGAGGAUGGUGGGGAAACUUGAAUCAAGGUACGCCGACUCCAGCUACAUAAUUGACAUAGCUGGAGUUGUGUACCUUAAUUCGACCUUUCCCUUUAGUGUAGACCUGGCCUUAAGGAGUGAUACACACCAUUUAAGAACCCCACUGGGCCAAAUUCUGAUCUCCUCACUGGAUUUAUAGUGAUGUAACAUCAAAAUGUGGCCUGCAGUGCAAGUUGCUUCAUCAAGCGUAGGCUAAAGAUUCGAUUUUGGGGAGGUGCAGCCUUUCUCCCAGGGCCUUCCAGCUUGUGUCCAUGCAGCUCCAGUGAAGCUUUAACGACUGAUGCAGCUGGUUUGCAUAGUGUGUAACCAGACACGCUAUCUGAGAGGAGACAUUUGUCCUUUCUUAAACUGUGCGCAAUUAGCUGGAGCUUGGGUGUCACCUUCAGACGGAUAGAUAACUCCUCCCAUAGAGAGUCCUGAGUCAUAACUUGUGUUUACUUACUUGUUCCUGUUCACUGACUUGCAUUUGCAGCUGAUAGCCGACUGCAGAAGCAACUUCUGAGCUUUUCUGCUUAGCACCUAGUUGACUGAUGCAGUAAUUUACCUCUGAUUCAGCAAUUUUUGUAAUACAUGAAACUCAAUUGCUUUUAAAUGACAGGAUUGGCACAGCCCUGCUUUCUCUUUUAUUUAAACUUAUGAAUGGUGCCGCAUGUCUACAUGGUUGUUUGUUGCUAAACUUUAUUAUAAUGUGUGAUUUCAGAUUCAGCUUGAAAUUUAUCUAUCUCACUACAUGUAGCAGUACAUUCUAUGUAAUGUUAGUAUUUCUGCUUGAAUCCUUGAUAUUGCAAUGGAAUUCCUACUUUAUUAAAUGUAUUUGAUAUGCUAGUUACUGUGUGAAAAUUAACUUUCUUUUAUUGUUGUGCUCUUCCUUUUUACAAGCCGCUAGAUCCAGGUAGUUUCUGACAUUUACUGAUCUAUGUUUGUAUUGCCAAUGUACUUAGGGGGUAUGUAAAAAUCAUUUUAACAAAAGAAAUAUAGAUAUUUAAAAAUUUAAUACUAACUAUAUGGGGAAAGGGUCCAUUGUGAAAACACAGUUUAUCUUUGGAUUCAGUGUUUGUCUUUGGUUUUACAAAGUAGCUUGUAUUUUAAGUAUUUUCUACAUAAUAUGUUAAAAAUGUAGAACAAUUGCAAUGCAUCAAUAAAAGGGUUAAUUUUCUGUU